CAGGUUUUAUCUUUUCAAAUCGACGCAUGUCUUUUGACUUCAUGUCAAGAGCAUACAUUGUCAGCUUGCCAUUUUUGUUUUUCUUCGUGGGCUCCCUAUUUCCCGUCGCUGCAGCGCACGCAAUCGUCAGCGGGCUUGGACACGGCAGAGAGGCUUGGCCGCUUGGCUCCGGACUAGGUUUCCUCCGCCCUUCACGACGUUUAGGUGGCAAGCGCAUUUAUCAGGGUGGUCGUUCGGGACGAUUAGCGAUGGUUGCGGGUGCAAGCACGGAUACAGACGAGUGGGUCUUCGACGUUUGUUUCACAGGGACCGGGCAGUCGAGCUCAGUGCCGUUGCUUAAGCAUGCUGUGCGGGGGACGUGCAAGGUGUGCGAUGACGCUUUACUAAAAGCGGGAUCCAAAAACAAAUGCAGGCCGUCCGCCUCCGCUUCGACUACCUGACAAACCCUCCCGUGUAUCUGGACGAGGCGAAGGGUGUCUUGGAACGGCCAAUUUCCUACCUUAAGUUCAACGUGAUCGAGCCCAACGCAGUGAUAGAGUCGAGUGCCGUGGAUGGAGUUCCUGUCCGCGCUUUGCCUGUCCUCCACGGAGGGGACUACAUCUGUUUAGGUUUCGCGGUGGGGCCGCCCGGAGAAUUUAUCUACUUGUCCGACGUGAAAGAGAUUCCGCCGGAGACGAUGCAAUAUCUGAAAGAUCUUCCCAGAAUCAAGACACUGGUGGUGGACUGUCUGAAAAUGAGGGCGGGCAACUUUGCUCACGCGGCCUUCGAAGAAGUCCGUGAAUGGAUCGACGAGUUGAAGCCAGAGAAAGUUUGGCUGGUGGGAAUGGGGUGUGGGAUUGGAGACCACGACGAGGCGAACCGAGUAAUCCAGGACGAGAUGGGAUACCCGAUGGUGGAGCUGGCCUACGACGGCCUGUAUUUAGAGGGUUUCCGCCUGUAG